AUGUCUGAUGCUGAAAGUAUUCGCUCCAUUUCACCAACAAGAUCCCUCAGAAAGCUUGAAAAAACUCAAGAUUUGUAUGAUCAUAGGAAACAACCUUCUUCAUUGCCAUUACGUCGUGAUUCUGUAGUGAAUCAAAAUCAACAGGGCGCUUCUGAAGCUUCUAAAAAUGCUAGGAGUUAUCGUGCUAGUUCAUUUGCAGGUUUUUCAAAAGAUGAAGUUCAUCAAGCUUUAAAGAAAAAUUCUAAUAAAAGAGGAUCCAUGGGGAAAGAUGGUGCCGAAAUACCAGAUUUCGAAAAUGCUUCACGUACAUCUAUGGAAUCACAAGAUACUGAACAAGAUGUUUGUUUCCCUUUAGUUCCAGAAAAUGAUAAAUUUAUUGGUCAUUAUAAAUUGGAAGAAAUUGAUACAUUUAUUCAUGAAUCAAGAAAAUCUGGGAUCAAUGUUAAUGAUGAAGGAUCAAGUGGGAAAUCAGAUUAUUCACCAAGUGAAAAAAUAAGUUCAGAAAAGGAUUUUGAUCAAGAUGAAGUUAUAUUUGGUGCUAAUAAAUUUGAACCAAAUACCAAUACACCAAAUCGGUUUAGUUUCUUUUGUGCAGAUUCUGAUAAUACAGUUCAUGGUCCAGAUUUAAAAUCAUUAGUUGAACCAGGUGAAUCAGUUUCUAAACUGUUUAAAAGUGGUGAAGCUACUUGGUGGUUAGAUUGCAGUUGUCCAUCAGAUGUUGAAAUGAGAGUUUUAGCUAAAGCGUUUGGUAUCCAUCCUUUAACUGCAGAAGAUAUAAGAAUGCAUGAAGCUCGUGAAAAAGUUGAAUUAUUUAGUACUUAUUAUUUUGUUUCAUUUCAUACUUUUGAAAAUGAUGGUGAAAGUGAAAAUUUUUUGGAACCUAUAAAUUAUUAUAUUUUAGUUUUCCCUGAUGGUAUUUUAAGUUUCCAUUCUGAAGAAGUUUUACAUGCUAUAAAUGUCAGAAGAAGAGUUAGACAAUUAAGAGAACAUGUCUCGGUUUCACCAGAUUGGAUUUGUUAUGCCUUGAUUGAUGAUAUAACUGAUAGUUUUGGUCCAGUGAUUCAUUCAAUUGAAUAUGAAGCAGAUGCUAUUGAAGAUCAAGUAUUUUCAGCUCAUGAUUCAGGUUUUUCACAAAUGUUACAAAAAAUCGUUAUAGCUCGUCGUAAAGUUAUGAUUUUAAUGAGAUUAUUAUCAAAUAAAGCUGAUGUUAUUAAGAUGUUUGCUAAAAGAUGUCAAGAUGAAUUACAAAACCAAUAUUCUACUCCGGCACAAGGUACCCAGGUUCAACCAGGUGCAGAAAUUGCACUUUAUUUAAGUGAUAUUCAAGAUCAUAUUGUUACUAUGCAUCAAAGUUUAUUAUCUUAUGAAAAGAUUUUUUCAAGAUCUCAUUCUAAUUAUUUAGCACAAUUACAAUAUGAAUCUUUUAAUUCCAACUAUCAAAUAACUACAAUGUUAUCAAAAGUUACAUUAAUUGGUACAAUUUUAGUUCCUUUAAAUAUUGUAACUGGGUUAUUUGGUAUGAAUGUUAAAGUACCAGGUCAAGAUGGUGGAGAUUUUAAAUGGUUUUUCGGUAUUUUUGGUGUUUUAGUAGCUAUUGUGAUCACUUUAGUCAUUGUUGGUUCUUAUUAUAUGAAUGUUAAUGGACCAAAUGAUGUACAAAGUAUUCAACCUUCAUCUUCAAGACGUUCGAUUUUAGGAAGAAUGAGACCUGGUUCUAUCAGAAGAGAAACAAGAUCUAUAAUUAGUACACCAAAUAUGGUCUAA